GUAACUGAAUUCGGCUGUGUGUCUCUCUCUCUCUCUCUCUCUCUCUCUCUCACACACACACACACACACACCAUGGCGGGCCGGUGGAGCUCCUGUGUGUUUGUUCUGACUGCUGUGUGUGUGCACCACGCUUUUACAUUAUAUACGGCCAGAGGAGGACAGAGAUCUGAACCUGACCUGAAGGAGAAGUUCUUUACUCAGAUUUUGGAUCACUUCAAUUACAACAGCCUGGGUAAUGGGACGUAUCCUGAGCGCUACCUGAUCACAGAUCAGUACUGGAGAAAAGGCCAAGGCCCAGUCUUCUUCUACACUGGGAAUGAAGGGGAUGUCUGGGACUUCGCCCUGAACUCUGGCUUUAUAAUAGAGCUUGCAGCUCAGCAGGACGCGCUGGUCAUCUUCGCCGAGCAUAGAUAUUAUGGGAAAUCUCUACCCUUCGGCCAAGAGUCUUUCAACAUUGAAAAUGUCGGGCUCCUGACGGUGGAGCAGGCUUUGGCCGACUACGCGGUCAUGAUCACAGCCCUUAAAGAGGAACUUGGAGCUCAGAACUGCCCUGUCAUUGUUUUCGGAGGAAGUUAUGGAGGCAUGUUGAGUGUGUACAUGAGAAUACGGUACCCCAAUGUUGUAGCCGGCGCUUUAGCGGCUAGCGCUCCGAUCCUAUCUACAGCAGGAAUGGGCGACUCCGGGCAGUUCUUUAGAGACGUUACAGCUGACUUUGAAAAUUAUAAGCCAGCCUGUAAGGAUGCUGUAAAAGAGGCUUUCAAGGAGCUUCAGACUCUCGCACAACAGCAAGCCUAUGCCCAUAUCCAGUCAGCUUUCUCUCUGUGCAAGACUCCGUCCUCGGAUAAGGACAUCCACCAGCUGAACGGUUUCCUGCGAAAUGCCUUUACUUUAUUGGCCAUGAUGGACUACCCUUACGCGACCAGCUUCAUGUCAAAAAUGCCUCCUUAUCCUGUUAAGGUGGCAUGUGAGGUGAUGCUGAACGGAACAGACGUGCUGUCUGCGCUUAGAGACGCCGUCGGUAUUGUGUACAACUCUACAGGGACGCAGACAUGCUUUGACGUUUACUCGCUGUAUGUGGAGUGCGCAGAUCCGACAGGCUGUGGCCUCGGCUUCAACAGCUACGCCUGGGACUAUCAGGCGUGCACGGAGAUCGAGAUGUACUUCGAGAGCAACAACGUGACGGACAUGUUCCCCCCCAUGCCUUUUACACAGAGCAUGAGACAGGAGUACUGCGCCAAGCGCUGGGCGGUGCUGCCCCGGCCAGGCUGGCUCAAAACCCAGUACUGGGGUGAUGCUCUUUCAACAGCCAGUAACAUCAUCUUCUCUAACGGUGAUCUGGACCCGUGGGCCAACGGAGGGAUCAGAAAGUCACUUAGCGAGUCUUUGAUUGCAGUCAACAUCGCAGAUGGAGCACAUCAUCUGGAUUUAAGGGCUUCUAACGAUCAAGAUCCUGCAUCGGUGAUAAAAGCGCGGCAGCAGGAGGCCACCAUCAUCGCACAGUGGGUGAAAGCUGCAAGAGAAAAGAUGUAGUCAAAAAUCUUUGAAAAAGGUGCACAUUUAGACAUUUUAAAUUUCCAAGUAUGUAGGAAUCAAACCAUUUCAACAAUACCUUUAUUAGAAUAGUCUCCUUUUUUCUUUUUUACACUGAGCAGGUGGAAUAAUUCAGGAAAAGGGGAAGACUUGUCUAUUGGAGUCAAAAUCACAAUUCAUCAAACUUGUAAUUCUUACUGCUUGCUGCAUUUUUUUUAAUCAUGCAAUAAAAUAAAAUUUCUACAAGCUUUCUACAA